AUGGCACUUGUUUACUUCGCGUCCCGAACAACUCCUACAGCAUCUCCCGGCGGACGUUUUUUAAAGAAUUCUCUGCGGUUUCCGACUAACUUCCUACGAGGCCUAUGUCAAGGGACAGUGCUGACAGCCAUAAACAGUGGAACGGGAUCAGUCACCCAGAUAUUGUCGAGAAAUAACUCCAGCGCCAUGAGUUCCAAUAAUCACUUCCAGAAAGUCAAGUUCGAGAAGCUCUCGCAGAAUCGGAAGGAGAGGAGGAGGGAUUACAGCUGCGGCGAUAAAUUCAUCCAGCUGAAGAAGAUCCCUUCCUGGCCUGCCUUCUACAAGGAGAACUCUUACAGCGUUUCUACAGCUGCACAUCCACAGAGCCUAGUAGACAAGUUCAAGGAUGAAUGCAGGUAUCAAGUGGACGCCGAGAUCAACGAGAAGGUGUCAGUCUUCUAUGGCGAUAUUACGAAACUGGAAAUCGAUGCCAUUGUCAACGCGGCCAAUAACAGCCUGCUCGGAGGUGGAGGGGUUGACGGUGCCAUCCACAGGGCAGCAGGGCCAUUCCUGUUGAAUGAGUGCCAGACUCUCAACGGAUGUGAUACGGGCGAUGCCAAAAUCACCGGGGGAUAUGACCUUCCUGCGCGUUACGUCAUCCACACUGUCGGGCCUAUUGGGGAGAAGCCGUCCAUGCUAGAACAGUGCUAUCGGAGGUCCAUGCAGGUCGCGCUGGAGAAUAAUAUCAAAACCAUCGCCUUUCCUUGCAUUUCCACUGGGGUGUAUGGUUACCCUAAUGAAAAGGCUGUGCAGUUGGUCUUGCCCGUUGUGAGAACCAUGCUGGAAGCCCACAAGGAUAAGUUUGAACGCGUCAUUUUCUGUCUUUUCUUAGAUAUUGACAAGAAACUGUAUAAUCGUUACUUGCCAAUAAUAUACCCUUUAAACUAAGAUCCUUAAUAAAUAUUUGUUAAUUCUUCCACAAAAGUUGUGUGAUUACUUUUUUUUUCUAAGUUAUUUGAAUUUUACGUCUAAUUUCGUAAUGAGUGGAAGAAGAAAAGCUAAAAUCAUUUUUGAGUAAUUACUUAAUCUUGCUGCAUAAACUUGAUGUAGAUUUCAAUAAAUUUGAAUUUUUGUUUAAAUUCCCAAAGUAUUUUUAACCACAUGUAUUGUUAAUAUAUAUAUAUAUAUAUAUAUAUAUAUAUAUAUAUAUAUAUAUAUAUAUAUAUAUAUAUAUAUAUAUAUAUAUAUAUGUAUAAUCACACUUGCACAGUAUAUGUAUAAAUAUAAAUAUUGCAUAUAUAUGAAUAUUUAUAUGUGCAUACAGUUUAUACAUAUAUUAUGCACAUAUUAAACUAUUUGAGCACAAUAAUUAGCUUGCCAAUUUUGGAUGUAGAAUACUGUUAGCUUUUUUGGGGCGUCCUACUGAUGCUUGUGUUACAUAUCAAAAUAGUCUAUUUACCAAAAUGUAAAUCAGUGCAGCUUAAACUGAACUGUAUGAACAUUUUUCAGUAACAGAAUUGAAUAUGAUAUUUUUUUUUUUAAUAUUAUAAAGUUGCCAUCAAAAACCUAAAAUGAAUUAUUUUCUAAUUAUUUCAUAUUUUCUUGUGAAAGAAAUGUUUCCACAUAAUUUGUCUAUUUUAUGAUUUACGUUAAGAAAUUGGGAUGUGACUUAUAUUUUCAUUAUAUAUGUAUAUUUUUUACAUGUGUCCAUAUUUUAAGGUUGCAGUUUACCAUUAGUGUCCCUGCCAUGCACAAAUAUCAUGGAUUUUGCAUAAUUAAUGCUAAGGCAGAAAUGUUACCUGAUAUUUAAAAAGUACUGAUACCUUAUACCUUUAUUUUGUUAGAAAUGCUUUGCCUUUUGUGUGGCUACAAGUUGCUCGAAUAAUAAGUUUAAAUGAUUAAAUUUAAAUAAGUAUUAAAUGUCUAGUUAGUACAGAAAGUGUAUUUCGGAUUAUUUGGUUAAGCUUCCUUUUCUUUUCUUUUUUCUUUUUUCUCUUUUUUUUUGAGAGAUGUAUGGCAAAAGAAUUUCUGUGUUUGGUAUACAUUCACCCAUUCAAGGUUGUCUUAUAUACAUAUCUGAAAGACAAUAAGAGAGAUGCAUGUAAUAAGAAAAGAAAAACAAUCUGUAUUGUGAAAAAAAAAUAAUAAUAAAUUGAUUUAGAAGAGAUGAGUAUUAUAUAAGUUAUUAUGAAACUACAUAGAAUUAUUGUAUUUUAUAACAUAUCUUCUGUGGAUUAAGGCAACUUCACUUACAGUGUGAUAGCUAAUGUUAUAUAGUCUGUUUUUCAUUAUUAUUCAUUUUUAAGGCAAAACAUAUCAGAUAAGCAUGUCAGCAGUAAUGAAAUUAAUCCUCUAAUUUAUUUACCUGUCUAGAUUUCACUGUGUUUAUAUAUAUGUGUGUGUGUGUGCUUUUGUGUGUGUGUGUGCGUGCGUGCGUGUGCGUGUGCAUGUGCCAUAUAUAGAUAGAGAUCUGGCUUGGAAAAAAGUUGGUAAAUUAGUCUAUACUUUUUAUUAUCUUUCAUGUUUUGUUUUUCUCAUGUUCAUAAUACCAACAAUGUUUUUUUCAUGCUCAUAUUACAAGCAGAGUGUUUUUUUGGGGAUGUUCAUAAUUGCAGUUAAUGUUAACAUCAGAAAAUACAAGAACAGAAGGCUUUAUAGUUAAUAAAUAUAUAUUGAGGUUAUAAUACUCUUCAUAAUAAGCAACAUUUGGAUUUCAAGACAGUAUCAUUCAUGACUCUGACAUAAAUGAUAUAUAUGUAUCUAUAGGCUAUAGAUAUGCUGGUAUAUAGCCAUAUAUAUACUGUAUAUGUGUUUUCUUAGAAAUCAUUAUUUUGAUAUUGUGAAUUGUUAUUGGUUAAUAUGGAAGUUUAGGAAGUUAUAUAUAUGGAAUGAAGUACAAUUUCUGACCUGGAA